UUCAAAUUGUGUGCUUGUUUCUCGUGUAUUUUGUGGUGUUUGUGCGAUCCGAUACGAGUGGUCAUCUCUUACAUAUCCCUUUUUAUUGUUAUUUUUUUUUUGCAAGUGCCGGGAAACAUUCGAAUUGGUUGUUAAGCAAUAUUUAUUUAUAACAGUUAACUGUAAAGUAAAGCAAGAAAUGCUCCAUUCUUUUCAUUGUUUUUGAAAGGUGUAAAGUAAAAGUAAAUAGCAAAAGGCGCAACGAGAAUUUGUUAAAACAUGUUCAAAUAAGCAAACACUCGAUACAUUUACAUACACAUGUGCGCAUGUGUGCAGUCCCAAGGACCUCGCGAGACCAAGAAGGAGCGGGCGAAGCAACAGGCAAAAAUCACAAACGACAGCAAUUGCUGCCCUUUUUAUUUGAUUUUUGUGUUUUUUUUUUUCUGUUGUUUUUGAGUUUGCUGUCGCAGCAAUAAUAUAAGAAUUACGAACACAGGCGCAUGUGAUAUACGACCACCACUAGAGAUCGCACACACACAUACACAUACAUACAUUUAGGCACACACGGAGGGCGAGGGAGAUAGAGUGAGAGAAGGUGGUGGUGGAGAAGGAGGAGGAGGAAAGGAAGGAAAGGGACGAAGCGCAAGCUUAUCUCUCCGCUUUUCGAGAAGGCGAACGAAGACGAUAAAAGCAAAGCAAACAGCGCACACACGUAAAUAAAACAGAUCGGCUGUUUUAAAAAAUACACACACAUAUGUAUAUCGAAAAGGGACAAAGCAAAGCGAAGAAUAUCUGCCGCUGGUUCAUCUUCCUUUUACACAUAUGCCUGGAAAAUAUCCUGACACACACACACAUUACCUCACACACUCGCACACGCAUUCGAACGACAAGCACGUGUAAUUUCUGCUCCCCGCUCUUUGCCCCUCUCUCUACUGCACCCGUGCAUCUCUUCCUUUCAACAUUCGUCGCUAAUCAAACGCUCUCUUCACUUUUUUAGCUGAUUUUUUUUAUUGUUGCAAUGCAAUAUUCGCGGAACGAAUAACAACAACAUACAUAACUCAACAUUCAAGUGCAAAGCAAAUACAAAUCAAACACAAACGAAAAAGCCAACAAAAUAAAGAAAUAUUGAAAAAACAAAACGAAAAAAUUCGCACAUUUUUUCCGUCUUGUCCAGUGGAAAAUACAACAAAUUAAAAAAAAAAAAAAAGGAAACAACAACGGCUAAAUCAAGUUCAAAAUCUGUUCAAAACCGAUCAACAAAAUGUCUGCUGAUAUUCUGCAGAAAUCAAGAGAGCAGGAUGAAUCGCAUUACUUCGAGCGUGGCGAUAUAUCCAAAUACGUAACGAUGAACGAUCACUUGGGUGAUUUGGAUCGCAUACAACGCGAGGUGCGCAAGGAAAUAAGGAUGCUCCUCGUCCACGGCGUCAACUCGGAUCAGCAGCAGCACCAGCAGCAACAGCAGCAGCAGCAGCCACAUCGCCUCCAUGGCGCCCUCACACGCACCAUUUCACAGCCGGCCCAGCUCAUCCAGCAGCAGCAGCAACAACAGCAGCAACAGCAGCAGCAGCAGCAGCAGCAGCCACCUGUGUCCAGUCUGGUGACCAUCACCGAGAACCUGGGCAACAUGAACCUGCACCGGAAGCUGGAGCGCACCCAGUCGGAGCCACUGCCGCCACAGCAGCCGAUGAACACAUCCAGAUACAAGACCGAGCUGUGCCGUCCGUUCGAGGAGGCCGGAGAAUGCAAGUACGGCGAGAAGUGCCAGUUCGCCCAUGGAAGCCACGAGUUGCGCAACGUGCACCGUCAUCCCAAAUACAAGACGGAGUACUGCCGCACCUUCCACAGCGUGGGCUUCUGUCCCUACGGACCGCGCUGUCACUUUGUCCACAAUGCGGACGAGGCCCGCGCCCAACAGGCCGCCCAGCAGGCGGCGGCCCAGGCAUCCAAGUCCUCACCCCAGUCGCAGUCGCAGUCGCAGUCACAGCAGUCGCCGAAGAGCAACCAGAGCAGCAAUCAGAGUAGCAACAGUAGCACCAGCAGCAGCGGCGGCGGCAACAACCAUAACAACAACAACAACAACAAUAGUAGCCAGUUCUAUCUGCCGCUAAGCCCACCGCUGAGCAUGAGCACAGGAUCGGACCGUGAAUCGCCCACCGGAUCACUGUCGCUCAGCCCCACCAACUCGCUGACCAGCUUCCCGUUCCACGAUGCCCUGCCGCUGCAGCACGGCUAUUUGGCCUCGAAUGGCGCCACAAGCAACAGUUCCGCCUCGUCCACAUCGUCGGCGUCUGGACUGGGUCUGGGCAUGAGCAUGGGCAUGGGCCAGGGCAUGAUCAUCGGUCAGGGUUUGGGAAUGGGUCAUCAUGGACCGGCCACACCGCCGGAGAGCCCCAAUGUGCCCAUUUCGCCAGUGCACACACCGCCGCCAUACGAUGUGGUGGUCAGUGGAUCUGGAGCGGGCAACAAUGCCAUCGGCAGCAGCAAGCAGCUGCUGCAGAAGAGCGUCAGCACACCGAUGCAGCAGGAGGAUACGCCCAGGCUGCCGGUAUUCAAUCGUCUCAGCUCCGGAGUGGAGGCCUACCAGCAGCAGUCCAACUUGGGACUCUAAGGGCGAGGCGAGGCAGUCCGCAAAACAAAAAUGAAUUAAAAGCAACCAUCCAGCAUAUCCUACUCACGCCCAUCAAAGCAUCCCUCCAUCAACAAAAAACCGCAUCCUUGACAAAAUCUCAGUAACGACCUAUACCAUGGAAACUGGAAACAAAACUACUCUCGCAGUGCAAUCCAAACCCAAUCCAAAUUCCCCAAGGCAACUGGAUUUCCGGGGGCACAUCCUUCGAUGCAAAACAUGUGUGUAUCAAGUAUACGCCACCGAAAUAGCAGGCCACUGCCAAGCAACAGACAUACAUCCCUCCCCUUUCUAAAUAUGAACCGAUCUUUGAUAUGAAUUCUCUCAUUGCUGUGACAGUCAAACGUAAUCGUUAUAAUCGUUAUAUGAGAAGGACCGAAUAACAGACACUACGGGACAAUUAGGUAGAUAGAUACGUAAAUGACAAACAAACAAUCCAAGCAAACGAUGAUCUUAAACUAUAACUAAAUACUAAAAACUAACAAAAACAAAACAAACAAACAAAAAGCAAAGCAAGCACGAAAGCUAAAGCUAAACAAAACAUUCUUAUGAACUAGACAAGAUGAAGAGACGAAGAUGACAAAAAGGACUAUUGGGAAUCUUCAGCGAAUGUUGCUCAAAUCAAAUCAAAACCCACGGCCAACGACGAAUGUGAAAAUCGUUCCUGCAUUUAUAGAAACUACUGCAGUGCACCAAUUAGAACCCAUGCACACCUGUCGCUUUUGUUCAAUACUUAUACGCCACGCACUUUGGAUAAGUCUUAUGUAAAAAAAUUGAUUAUCGGCUUGUAUAUAUAUAUACAUAUAUGGCCAGCACCUGUGUAUAUAUAACUUUUGAUGUGGAUAAAUAGAGAAGGAGAGUAGAGAGUAGAGAGUUGGUCCGAUGUCUUCCAAUCCAAGCCAAGCCAAUUAAUCAAUCAAUCCAUUCAGAUGAGAAUGAUAGACGGACAGAAAACAAUGCUAAGAAAAUUCUUUAAUUUAUUAUUUUUUGCUAAAUUUAUGUAAUAGAAAACGUUGUGUACAUACGAGAGUUAAUAUUUUGAUAAAGAUAAUAAAUUAUAAUUACCAAUUACCUUACGUUUACGGUUAAA